AGUUUAAAGAGCUGUUUCCUUUGUUUUCAUUAGCAGAAAGUUACAACGUGACAUUAUCAGUCAGCUAGACUGUUCGCCGCUACGUCACGCCCCUCACGAAACUUUCACAGGCAGUUUAUGUUUCUAGUUUUAACUAUAAGUCUGAGUGCAUGUAAAUGUGUCUGUCAUAAACACGAAGCCGGAAGAACAAACUGUAUUUGCUUAUGCUGAUUUGUUUUGAGCUCAUCGUGCCAUGCUUACAGCUUUAGGUAGGUAGAAAAAAUAGGCAAAAAUGCUACUGAAGUAUUAACAUCUGCUUUAAUGUUUUAAAAUGUUAAAAGACAAAAAGGUAAAGCUAUAUGCAAAUUCUGAUAUUUUAAACCCUACAAUGGAAAACAAAAAAUGUCAAUGAAUGGCAAAAUGACACAUUUUAAGCACAAGAAACACUCUUCUAAAUCAAUUUCCUUUAAAUGCAAUAUCUAUAUCUCCAUUUGAGCAAAUUGUAGGUGUCUGUACCGGCUGUAUUUUUCCAUGACAUGUUUGCUCUUGAUUCAUUGAAGUAACUUAUAGCAGGUAGAUUAGCCAGAAAGUUUACUUUCUUCAAAUAAGACAAGUGAUACAUCCUGCUAACAUUAUUCAUCACCAUGAACAUGUUCAGAAGAGACAAGGGGUCACCUGCCCAGACUCCUGUGGUUCCUCCAAGACCCACUAAAGAGGAGCUGGACAACCCCAUCAGACACAGCCUCAAAACGGAGGAUCCUGAAUCAAAUGCAGCCCUAAAGGAAAACACAAAUGAUCUUGACCCAAAGACAAAGCAGAAGACGGGAGUGAUGGGGGUUGUGCAGAAGGUCAAUCCCUUCAAGUCAUCAUCAAAGGCGACCUCUUCGUCAUCGAAUGUCGGCCAAACUUCUUCCUCUGAAUCAUCAGAACAGGCAACAGACUCCACACAGAACCCUGGGAUGCUGAAAGGAGUCAUGCAGAAAGUGAACCCGUUCAAGUCCACCUCCCAGGUGCCUAAAACUCCGUCCUCAGACUCAUUGGAACAAGAAAGGAGCCCAGACUCAUCUCAGAGUCCUGGUAUGUUCAAAGGAGCAAUGCAGAAAGUGAAUCCCUUCAAGUCUUCAGCACAGCAGUCUAAAAGCGAUGCUCACGGUGACCCUGCAAACACACAGGAGUCUGACGGAGACCUUCAAGACAAACGGAAUCCAGGGGUGAUGUCAAGCAUGAUUCAGAAAGUCAACCCAUUCAAAUCCUCCCAGCCCAAGCCCCUUCAGGACACUCGGUCUCUACACAGUGACAACUCCUCUUCCUCUGGAAGCCUAACGGACAACAACAAUGUGCCAGAGAAGCAGAAUCCCGGGAUGUUUAAAGGGAUGAUGCAGAAAGUAAACCCUUUCAAGUCACGCACACAGGUGACGGAUGACGCUUGUGAGACUGACACACCUGUUCCGUCUGAUAUGACAGAGGUUGAGCGAGCUAUACACAGUGAGAACUCCAGCAGCUCUGAAAGUCUAGACGACAGCGCUAUAGAGAGACAUACUAUUUGGUACACAGACGCUGACACCACGCCCACGCCAGAGGUGGGAAACCAGCCAACAGAGAUCUCAAGGAAAAGGACUAAGACUUUCAUUAUCAAAAGAAUUCUUCCCAAAUCGUUUUUUGGGUCUGGAUCCAAGGUAAAGUUGGAAUCUGCAAAUCCAUCAUCAGAUGCUCAGGCACAGCCUCAGGAGGACGUUGAAGUUCAAACACUACAGCUGGCUGAAGUACCAGUACCUGGUGAAGGAACACAACUGGACCCUCUGGACGAUGAGGAAGGCCUCCUCUCAUGGUGGAAAACUGUUGAAGGAUGGGAUGAGUGGAAUGAAGCGAACCAGAAUGAUGAUCCUGAAGAAGUGGUGGAACAAGCCGCCGACCGAGUCUUCAUGGCCGCGCGUCUUUUUGUUCGCUUCUUCAACCAGCGCGGCGCCUCCCUCCAGCAGCGAAUCCUGGAACUCCUCUCCUUGGCCGACUUGGCAGACAACUUCCACAAGAAGACGGUGACGGCCAGCGUGGGCGGCGGGGUGGCCAGCGUCGCCGGGUCAGUCACCACCAUCACCGGGCUCAUUCUGGCGCCCUUCACGGCGGGGACGUCGCUCAUCGUCACAGCGGUGGGCAUCGGCAUCGCCACGGCGGGCGGCGUGACGUCUGCCUCGGCCAACAUCACGGACACACUGCAUUCAAAGACCGACCGCAAGAAGGUGGAGAAGAUGAUCCAAGAUUACCAGGAUGAAAUUAAGGACAUCAAGGACUGCUUGGAGUUCUUACAGGAAGGGAUGGAGACGCUCGAGGAGUGGAACUUCGAGAAGUACGCCGAGAGCAUCUCGAAGAAGCACCUGAAUCAGAACGUCAAACAUGUAAUGAAGGAGGGCGGUCGGGCUGGGAAGGCUUUAGUCAUCAACACGGAAAGCCUGAUCAGCACCGUCCAGGUUCUGAGCGUCGCCGGCGGCGCUGCUAAAGCCGCGCAGGUGAUGAGCGUCACCACGGGAGUCAUGUCGGGCCUCUUCCUGGCUCUGGACGUGUUCUUCCUGGCGAAGGAUUCCAUGGAGCUGAAAAAGGGCGCGAAGACGGAGUUUGCCACCAAGAUCCGAGAGGUGUGUAAGGACCUGCAGGACGGGUUGCUGGAGCUGAACCGAAUCAAAGAAGAGCUGCAAAAAACUAUGGAUGGGAUAGAGGUGGAGGUUGAAGAGGAGGAUGAGGAGAUGUUGAAGUCUGACCUGAAGAAGCUUAUUGAACUUGAAGACUGAGGGGUGGUGGCUACGUAUUUAAAAUCAAGCAUCCCGGUUUUAAGAAGACAAAGAAACCAAAAUGGGGCAAUAGCUUUGGUAGUUUUUUUUCCAGUCGUUGCUGAAAAGAUGUUACUUUUUUCAAAAAUAUUUUACUAGAUUCUUUUUAAAUAUACUUGACUAAAAUGUUGUAAUUAUUCUGAAUGUGUGCCUUUUCCUCUUUAAUAAAAGUGGUUUAUUUGUAUUUUA